AUGCCUGAGCAAAAUGUUAUAGAUCAUUUAGCUGUCAUAGCAAAAGGAUUUUAUGAUGAAGACAGAGUAGAUGAAUCUUGUGCAAAUAUAAAUCCUUAUGCACAAAGUACCAAUCCUUUUAGACAAUCAGUGGAUCCUAACCAGCAUUAUCAGCAACAUGAGUUUGAAUACAUGACACCAAGAAAUGAAAUAUAUAUGGGUCAUAUGCAUCCUACCGUAUCGGAAUAUUCUGCAUCAAAAGAAGAUGAAUUUAUGAGCCACAUGCAACCAGAUUCAACAGAAUAUCAGGGUCCUUCACACAGAGAAAAUAUGUAUGAAAAUCAAUAUAUUCCACGUGGAAAUUUGAAUACUACAGAGCCAACUUCAAGUGAAUUCGAAUCCAGUAAUCCUUUCAUGACCCAUGUUCAUAAAGCAAAACAAGGUAGAAGAGCUGAUUCUGCUCUGAUUUCUAGUAUGGCACCUAGUGCCCCACUUCUCGGGAGAAGACAUCAAGCUCAAAUGGAACAAGAGGCAUAUGAAAGACUGCAACAAGCUCACCAGCAAAAUCCAAUAGUAGGACCAUUCUCUGCGUGGAAUGAAAAUAUGCAAGGACCACCUACAAUACUUCAAGAGGAAGGAUUUGUCAAAGAAGAUGUUGUGAUGAAUCCACUUGGAUUAGCAGGCCCAGACACUCAACUUAUAGCAUCUAUAUCAGCUGUUGAAGAAGGAGAAAAACAUCUGCCUGAUGUCUUUAAAUUAAAAAAGAAAAAGAAAUCAAAAUCGGAUAGGGCACAUAAAGAAUCAACAGAUGAAAAAAGACAUGGAUCACAGUCAGAAGAACCAGUGCGCAAAGGAGUACUAGAUGAUUACUAUGAAGAGAAGAGGGCCUAUGAAGAUCAUUUGGGAGGAAGAUCUUACAUGUUUAGUGAUAAUCCCAUACUACCUGGCGUUAGUGGUGCUUCUUUACCAAUGACUCCAAGAUCAAUGAUGGGUCCUGUUCCAAUGCAAGGACUUACACCAGACCAAGUUAUGGAGCAUGAGAGAAUGUCUGCUGGACAUGAAUCAAGUUCUAUUGGUCCACAUGAUCCAAGAUAUUUCGGGCCACAAGACCCAAGAAAUAUAGGCCACAUGCAUUCUAAAGAGCCACAUCAUCAUAAUUCUUCACUUAAAGAAAGUGAAGAUGAUGUGCGCAACAAGCAACAGAAGCCAUAUACCAGCCAGACCUCUUGUGUUCCACACAGUGCUCCACUUCUUGGAAAAAGACGACAAGCUCAGAAAGAACAACAGUUACGUGAAUCACAACAAGAUCAACUGCAAAAUCCAAGAGAAGGGAUCUUUUCUGCAAGGAAUAUUAAUAUGCAAGGACCACAUUCGAUACUUCAAGAGGAAGGAUUUGUCAAAGAAGAUGUUGUGAUGAAUCCACUUGGAUUAGCGGGUCCAGACACUCAAAUUGUAGCAACAGCAUCAGCUGUAGAAGACAGAGAAAAAGAUCUACCAGAUGUCUUUAAAUUAAAAAAGAAAAAGACGUCAAAAUCGGAUAGGGCACAUAAAGAACCAACUGAUGAGAAAAGACAUGGAUCACAGUCAGAAGAACCAGUGCGCAAAGGAGUACUAGAUGAUUACUAUGAAGAGAAGAGGGCCUAUGAAGAUCAUUUGGGAGGAAGAUCUUACAUGUUUAGUGAUAAUCCCAUACUACCUGGCGUUAGUGGUGCUUCUUUACCAAUGACUCCAAGAUCAAUGAUGGGUCCCGCUCAAAUGCAAGGACUUACACCAGACCAAGUUAUGGAACAUGAAAGAAUGUCUGCUGGACAGGAUUCUGGAUAUAUUGAUCCACAUGAUCCAAGAUAUUUAGGUCCUCAUGACCCUAAUGAUUUCGGUUCACAUGACCCAAGAGAUUUAUUGCAACCAGCAGAUCCCAAUCAGCAUUACUAUGGACAUAAUGAAUAUGCAAGUAAUAUUGGUCAGAUGCAUCCAAAAGAGCCACAGUACCAGAGUUCUUCAGUCGAAGAUAGUGCAGAUAUUGAUACAAUGCAAAACAAGAAACAAAAGCCAUACUUCACCAAACCUUCAAGUAUUCCACCUAGUGCCCCUCUUCUUGGGAGAAGGCGACAAGCUCAAAAUGAACAAAAGGCACAAAAAUUACAUCAACCUCAACAGCAAGUUGCAAUGGUUGGAUCAUUACCGAAAAGGAAUGACUACAUUCAAAGUAAACCUAUAAUACAUCAAGAGGAAGGAUUUGAUGUUGUGAUGAAUCCACUUGGAUUAGCAGGCCCAGACACUCAACUUAUAGCAUCCACAUCAGCUGUUGAAGAAGGAGAAAAAGGUCUGCCUGAUGUCUUUAAAUUAAAAAAGAAGAAAUCAAAAAAUAAAGAACCAACAGAUGAGAAAAGACAUGGAUCACAGUCAGAAGAACCAGUGCGCAAAGGAGUACUAGAUGAUUACUAUGAAGAGGAGAGGGCCUAUGAAGAUCAUUUGGGAGGAAGAUCUUACAUGUUCAGUGAUAACCCUUUACUACCUGAAGUCCCUAAUCCAAGAUCAAUGAUGGAUCAUGCUCCAAUCCAAGAACUUACACAAGAACAAGUUAUGGAACAUGAGAGAAUGUUUGCUGGACAGGACCAUAGAGGUUUAGAUCAACACAUUUUUAGUAGCAUAAGUCAACAUGAUCCUAGAGAUGUUGGUCCUCUUGAUCCUAGAGACUUUGGUCCACAUGAUUCUAGAGACUUUGGUCAACAUGAUUCCAGAGGCUGUCAGCAAAUAACAGCUGGUCAACAACCACAGCCAUUUUCAAACACUCCAGAAGAAGCCAGUACAUCACAAGGAGGUAGACUGAUGAAAAGGCGAGUCAAAUUGGCAAAUAAUGGUAAACCAGAACUUUUCGUCAAGGACAUGCCAAGCAUGCCAAGACAGCUUCCACUUAGACAAAAGAUGCAAUGCACUCCUACAUCGGGACAACCUGAAAUGUAUCCAACAAAAUCAGAAUAUUCUUCUUUAAAAGAAGGUUAUAUGUAUCAGAUGUAUCUAACAGAAUCAAAAUACUAUUCACCAAAAGAAGAUGUAUAUAUCCAUCAGAUAUGUAUUCAACCAAAUCUGAACACUCUUUAUCAAAAGAAGAUGUUUAAAUGUACCAGAUGUAUCCAACAGAAACAAAAUAUUCUUCAUCAAGAGAAGAUGUUUAAAUGCAUGAUAUGUUACGAACAGAAUUAG